UCCGGGGUUUAAAGUAAAUAAGUUUUCCUUAUCGGGCUUACUCGUAUUAAAAUUGCAAGACAUUUUCGUUUGGUCAUCAUGUCGGGUCAUGGCCACAGUCAUGGAAGCUGUGAGGGGGAUCACGACCACGUCACCGAGGCAGACCGUGCAGCUGCGUUUAGCUUGUACUUGAAAAUCAACACUGACAGGGUCCAGUGUUUGAAUGAAGCUGAGGAAGGGUCCGCAAAAUAUGUCUUCAAACCCUGGGACCAGAGAAUGGACAAGGAAAAGUUUGUUGAAAGUGACUGUGAUGAGGAAUUAUUGUUCAAUAUCCCAUUUACAGGGUGUGUGAAGUUAAAAGGAAUAAUUCUGAUAGGAGGAGAGGAGGACACGCAUCCAAACAAAAUGAAAGUAUAUAAGAAUCGUCCCAACAUGACGUUUGACGACACUGGGUGUGCACCUGACCAGGAGUUUGAGCUGCACCCUGACCCUAGUGGAGUCCUGGAGUAUUCUACAAAGGUGACGAGGUUUAACCAGUGUGAGAGUAUUUCCCUUCAUUUUCCCACCAACUUUGGUGCUGAAACCACAAAGGUCUACUACAUUGGGCUGAAAGGAGACUUUACUGAGGCACAUCGACACGAAGUUACCAUCUGUACAUACGAAACUACGCCAAAUGCAGCUGAUCACAAAACAAACUUAAUGGAUAACGUUCCUCAUCAAAUACAGUGAAAAGUUGUGCAUGAAAACCUUUGGAGAUAUACAAAGUUGUUUGUAACUAUUUGUGCUGUUAGAAAGAUGCAAUAUAUUAAGUUUAUUUAACGUACAUUAUUGUUUCUUGUCUUAAUCUGUCAAAAAUGAAAUGUUGAGCAAAUUAACAUUUUGACAGACUGCUACUAAAUUAACAUAAUCAGAAAAGUUCAACCAGCAUUUAUAAAUCUAAAAGCGUGAAUUUUAAGAUUCAUUUGUUCAUGGUAUUCAAGAUCAAUGUUGAAUGCUAGGUUACAUUUGUAUUUUGAAUAUUGUGUUUAUAAUGGCGCCAUUUGUAUAAUUCUUGAUAAUUUAUUCACAUGUUAUAUUUUGGCCAGUUUGAACAUUGAAAUUACUUGAUUUGGCUCUUUUUUAAAUGGGGGCUUGCUAUCAAUUGAAAAACCCAUUUAUAAAGGCUGUUUAUUUUUUUAUAUCUGUAUGCAAAUCGUAUAAAAAAAUUGUUUUUAUCUGUCAAAUUAAUUAAUAAAAUUAAAAUUGAAAAUAAUUAUUUUUGCAUCAACCUAUAUUGUGCGUCUUUAAUCGUUAAUAUUGGAUAAAUAUUGGCCAAUCAAUUUAUAUUCUCGCUACGUUCGACAACAUUUUUUUUUAUAACAUUUUAUACAACUGGCUGCUGUUGACCUUGAAUUGUAGUGUACAUGUAACUGUAUUAACCAUGAUUGAUGAGAAAGGGAUAUGCAUUAUGAAGAUCUUUAGAGUGUUUGUGUGACAUCUGUGUAAUGUGUAUUUUUACGCUGGUUUUACCAUGACCAUGUCUCCUGUGCAAAAUGGGUUAGAAAUUAUUUGUGGGAAGUUUUGUGCAAUUGUUGUAUGUUUUUUACAGAAAUAAAAGAUGCCAACCAACUAA